AUGGCUCCUAAGUUCGACCCCAAUGAGAUAAAGAUCAUCUAUGUUCGCCAGUAUGGUGGUGAGGUUGGUGCAUCCUCUGUUCUAGCCCCUAAGGUUGGUCCUAUUGGUAUGUCGCCUAAGAAGAUUGGUGAGGAUAUCCAAAAGGCUUCCCAAGAUUGGAAGGGUAUUAAGAUUACUGCACAAUUGGCUGUACAGAAUCGUAAGGCUACUGUUACCAUUAAACCUACUGCUACUUCUUUGCUUAUUAAGGAAUUGAAGGAACCUCUACGUGAUAGGAAGAAGACUAAGGAUAUUAAGCAUAAUGGUAACCUUACUAUGGAACAAGUAUUGGGUGUUGCUAAGAAGAUGCGUCCUACCUCUAUGGCUAAGGAGUUUAAGGGUACGGUUAAGGAGAUCCUUGGUACUUGUCGUGCUAUUGGAUGCAGUGUUGCUGGACGUAGCCCUCAAGAAUGGCAAGCUGAUAUUGAUACUGGUGACUUUGUCCCUGAGGAACCAUCUGACUAGAAGACUAGGAAUAAUGAUGAUCAUAACGCCUAAGUGUUAUAUUAGCGGUUUCCAC